CAGUCAACCACCACGCUCCGACCCACGAGAUUAGCCCUUUCGCACAACUUGACCGAGCUUCGGAAACUGUUUUCGCAUCCUCUUCUCAAUUGACGACGACGAUGGCUGUGUCGCGCAUUGCGGCAUGUCGGGCAAUCAACGGCCUGGGGCUUCGCCAGGUCGUCAGGUCGCCCGCAACGUCCACAGCAGCGUUCACAGCAGCGUUACGAGCAAGCACAUCUCAUAGUGCCUCAAAUGUGUGCCUAUAUACCCAAUUGAGAAACCGGAGCACUUCGAACACUUCGUAUAACGGCACCAAGAACAACUCCUCCACUCCGCCGCCGCCACCACCACCGCCGCCUUCCGCAAGUCAGCUCUGGAGGGCAAUAUCCUUUCGCUCAGUUUUGACUUCCAUGACACCGAGAGGUAUCAAGAGGAUGUUCAGAGAAAGUCCAGAAGAGCUUGUGUUAGCACUGGCAAUUCUUGCUGGCUUGGCGGGCGUUUCCAUCUACAUCGUGAAGUUGUACUUCGACUACUUCAUGGCCCGUCAGUUCACGAAGUAUCCCAGGCCCAUCGCCAAGUCUCUUCGCAGAGCUCUUUACUACACAAACAUCAGCCCCGACCCUAACCUUGCGAGAAAAUACUACAAGCAAGCACUGGAGCAGUGCAAUGAGCUCCAGCUAGACCCGUUCUCGGAUGAUGUCUUGGGCAUCAGGAUUCAGACCGCGGCCUGGCUCGAAAAGAUUGAAAAUUACCAGGGAGCCAUAACUGUUUUGGAUUCCGUUCUCAAAGACUGCCUCAAGUGGGUAGAAUGGAUGGAAAACUCCAUUGCAGAUGGGACAGUAGACAAGUCUGGCAAGCCGCCUGCCGUGAAGUCUCUGUCGGAUAAUCAACGACUAGCAGUGGCGGAGAAUGGUGAAGAGAAGAUUGUCGAAAACUUGUGGCGCAAGCGCACUCGUCUGUUGGCUAAAGCCGUCGGGACCAGCACUAAGCUUGGUGCCCUCUAUUCGGACGAGCAUGUGCUGGAGCCAGAAAAUGCUCUGGCUCGUCUGACGUGGGCUGUCGAAACAGCACUGACAGAGUCAAGACGACGCCACAAGGAAGGUAUCAAGAAAGAUGAAGGUCCUUGGAUGAGCCCAGAGGAAAUUGGCGGUGCCAUGGAGUCCCUCGCCCAACACUACGAGACCAAAUCUCAGUUUCACCUGGCAGUGCCUCUCUUGUUCCAGGCAUUGCGACUUUGUGCCAGCCCGUGUCACCGAGUCACAAUCAUGAACAAUCUGGCUGCAGCAUUUGCUCAGCAUCCUCUCCAAACCCCACUGGAUGCCAUUCCUAACGCGCCUGCAACUUCCGACGUAAUAAUCAGUCCCGACAUGCCGACAGACCGAGCCGGACUCUUGGAGGCUGCGAAGAACUGGGCUAGCAUUGCUUACUCACACUCGAAGGAAGUCAAAGGAGAGGAUCGAACUGAAGAGUGUGACGAAGCUUGCGCCGUAGCAUUGACCAACAUGGGUGACAUUGCUGCUCUACUGGGGAAGAAGGAGGACGCAAGGAAGCGUUUUCAGCAGGCAAUCGACAUGAGCAGGAAGAUUGGCUUCGGUCCCGGCAUCUCUCAAGCCGAGGCGGGACUCCAAAGACUCUAGGAUGAUGGAUAUGCGGCCUUUCGAACUGCUGGACCGCUGUAGGGGUGUUGUCCUCGCCUCGCUUGAGGUAUUACUGGGGCAUGCCGGGGCAUCAUGAUCCCAUUUCGGAUGGCAUAUUAGCAUAUCGAAAAGGUAUGAGAGAGAAUGAUCGUCUCCUCUUCUUACGCCCGCAAAGACCCUGCAUAGGGCUAGGACUUGGCCAACAGAGACUUGAAGUCGCUUCUGCUGCAUCCUUCCAUCGACAUGGACCUUUUUCAAAUCGAUCAGCACGGGUCCUCAGAGAUGAGCCCAAAAUAGGUAGGCGAUGGGUUCUUACUGCCUGCCCACGCCGUAUCAAAGGAUCCGUGACUGAGGCGCGGAUGGGGACGGAGAAAUACCACGACGGUAGCCGUGUGCCACGAGACCACGACUAGGUCGGAUUCAGCAGCAUCAU